CAGGUCACACCCCUCAGGCAGGUCACACCCCUCAGGCAGGUCACACCCGUCUGCCGGCCGCGACGUCCCGCUCGACCGCGUCGCGUCGCCGGCGGCAGGGCGCGGCCACCACGUGCAGUACGUGACGUCAGCGGCGACACGUGUUAAAGCGUGGCGCUCGCCGUGACCCGUGUCAGUAGGUGUGCCGUCUCAGUGUGGAAAGGUCAGCCAGCAGAGCCCGUCCGACCGCGCCGUUCGCCAACAAUCGCCAGGAUGGUGUCGCCCGUAUCGUGGGCGCUGCUGCUAGUGGGCGCCUCGGUCGCCUCGGCCGACCCCGACUUCUACUCGGCCUGGUGUCCCUGCCGGACGGCCACCGCCUGCCCGAACUACUACGGACGCUACAGUUUCUACGACGACGUCCAGAUCUUCGGCCAGGUGCCCGUCUGCAAGGACGAGAGCCUGGUGCGCUGCUGCUCGGCGUUCAACAUCCCCGAGGGCUUCGAUCCCGACCAGCACGUGCAGUACUUCCCCGAGCAGGUGGACACCGAGGCCGAGGCCGUCCACCAGGCGCUGCUGCUGAGCGGAUCCACUGAGGCCGAGAUCCAGGACUUCAAGGCCAAGCAGGAGAAGCUGAAGCGUGAUAUUGCGAACGGCAUCGCUAACCCGAACCCGCCGUGCGGCUGCUACACGGCCGGCACCUGCCCGGGACGGUACUCGACCAAGUCGACCGGCCGCGACAUCGGCUGUCUGGCCGGCUUCGAGACGUGCUGCUUCCUCGACGAUCCGUGGCCCAACUACCAGGUCACCAACCUGACCAUCAACGCGCCUUGCUCCAUCGCCAAGGGCUGCUCGCGCUUCUUCGGCGCGUCGCCGUUCGAUAUCUCGUCGUUCGGUCCUCUGGAGCCGUGCUACCUGGGCCAGAACCGGUGCCUCGACUACCUGAGCGACGGCUCCAGCCCGCAGCCGUCCAUCCUGAGGCCCGAGCCUCCGCAGGAGCCCAGCGAGCAGCGGCCCAGCUACUCGCGGCCCACCCAGCCGCCCACCCAGCGCCCGACCUACGCCCCCUCUCCGCGCCCCACCUACGCUCCGGCUCCCCGUCCCACGUACGCCCCUGCCCCGCGUCCGACCUACGCUCCCCGUCGCCCCACCUACGCCCCCACUCGUCGUCCCACUUACGCCCCUGCUCCCCAGCCCACCUACGCCCCUGCUCCCCAGCCGACGUACCGGCCGACUCGGCGGCCCACCUACCGCCCGCGUACUACCCGGCCCACGUACCGUACCACGGUGCAGACCACGUAUAGGCCGCGUACCACGCCGGCGCCCUACCGUCCGCCGACCACCACCUACCGGCCGACCACCACCACCUACCGCACCACCACGCGCAAGCUGCCCCAGCCGGAGGUAGCCGACAGUGGCAGCGACAACAUCUUCGAGAUCGUGGCCAACGGCGCCUACCUGCCGCCCUCAGCCGAGUACGGCAGCCCUGAGGAGCGCUCCGAGGACAUCAACAUCGAGUUCGCGCUGCCGUUCUAAGCGACGAGCACUGAGAGCGGUGUCACUUGGACUGGUGAGCGUGAGAUGAAUGGUGGACGGUGGUUUGCGGGUCGCUCAGGAGUGAUUCUGAUUGAGAAAGAGCGUUUGGUGUGUUUGGGAAUGAUAUGUUCACAUAAUACUUUUGUUGAUAUUGAAUCAAAUUUGCACCUGUUAAUACUCACACAGAAGUGCAUCAUGUUCAACAUAACGAUAUUUCUUCAAUCUCAGACUAGUGAAUCACUACGCACAUUACAUUGAAAGCGCCAUUGCGUGACAUCCAAUUCAGGACGCACUUUUUGUCGCCUAUUGACAUUCUUUGAAUCCAAUCAAGGAAGUUUGUCGGCUCGCCCUGCAGCUGUGACUCGUGAGAAAGGUGCGAACGAGACGGUUGUGCCGUGUUUGCACGCAUGUAAUUCCGAAACAUGCGACUGAAAUGAUGUGUCGUGAGAAUACUUCCAGUCAGCCUGUCGUGAUUGAUCAAGUGUGAGAGCAUUGAAGUUUGAAUUAUGUUUGACAGCAGCGUGUUUUCGAUUCAUGAGUAUGUGAUGAUAGAUCUGAGCGCUGCGAGUGAAGUAUGGCCUUGAGUGCAUGUGCGAGUGCGUGUUCAGCGCUAGUCACUGCCGAUUUGCACGGCGUCCUGUGAUUGGUUGAAAUCCGCGCCUGCUGAACAAUGUCCGAUACCGUGCUCAUGGCUCGGACAUCAGUAUUCUCUCAACCUGAGGCCAAUGGAAUAUUGAUGCGGAUCCGAACUGCACCACAAAUCAAACGGAUUUCCCAACCAUUGUGCCAAGGGUAUUCCAGUGCCAUUGUGUUCGACGUGAUGUGGGUGUACGUGAGAUCUGUUCUUGGCGUGAAUGUAUGUAAGUUUGUCUGUGUGUAUGCGAGAUAGCGAUGUGAGAAAAGGUGAGGUCGAUGAGCGAGCUUCCAUUUCAAGUGUGCCAUUGUGAUUGUCGCGGGGAAGCGCUCAUUGCGAAUCUGAGGAUAGUCCCGUCCAAAACGCUUACCGACUGUCGUGACUGUUCAUUGAUGUGUUUGUCCUCUGACAAAUAAAUUUAGAUGGAA